GCCAGACUGUGCAGAUCUACUCGAUCAGCUGGUGGAGUCGACAAGGGAAACAUUACCGGCUGUAAUCUUUCAGGAUUUUACUCUUCUAACUAAAGCAAUUCGCCGCGAGUCUAUCAGACCAAUAUGGAGAACAGAAAACGGCAGUUGGAGGCAGUUGUGACCGACAACCACUGCUUCAAAACGCCGGAGAAAAGGGUGUCAUUGGUCCGGCUGCUGGACUCCGACUACAUGCGAUGGGGAGUGGAAGAAACAUGUCGGUACCUGCGAAGAGAAGAUCUCGUAGAGUGGGAAGAUAUAUUUAAAGUACAAAAGAUCACAGGUGUUGGGCUGCGGUAUCUCAGUGACGCUGAUCUGGAGAAGAUUGGUAUAAAGUGCCUUGGUGACCGUCUGAAGAUCCUUCAUAGCUUCAGGAAGCUGUGGCAGAUAGGAGCAGAGCCAAAUAAGGUGUUUAAUGAUCCUAUUCACGGGCAUGUGGAGUUGCACCCUCUUCUCGUCAAAAUCAUCGACACGCCUCAGUUCCAGAGACUACGAAACCUCAAGCAGCUCGGAGGGACCUAUUAUGUUUUCCCUGGAGCAUCCCACAACCGGUUUGAACACAGCAUUGGAGUGGGACACUUGGCUGGGCGGCUUGUAGAAGCUCUGAACGAGAGGCAGCCAGAGCUCCUCAUCUCUCGCAGAGACAUCCUUUGUGUGCAGAUCGCUGGGCUCUGCCAUGACCUGGGUCAUGGGCCAUUCUCCCAUAUGUUCGACAGCAAGUUCAUCCCCACAGCACGUCCAGGAAUUUCCUGGAAGCAUGAGAACGCCUCUCUGAGCAUGUUCGACUACCUGGUGAAGGAUAAUGGCCUGAAGCCGGUGAUGGAGCAGCACGGCCUGGUGCUGCCCGAGGACCUGGACUUCAUUAAGGAACAGAUUGCUGGACCACCGAACUCUGUUUCAGUUCAAGACAAGAAGUGGCCAUAUAAAGGCCGUCCUGAAGACAAGUCCUUCCUUUAUGAAAUCGUGGCCAAUAAAAGGAACGGCAUUGAUGUGGACAAAUGGGAUUACUUUGCCAGGGACUGCUACCACCUGGGCAUCAAGAACAACUUUGACCAUGGCCGCUUCAUAAAGUUUGCCAGGGUGUGUGAGGUGGAUGGGCCAGAGCCCCCAUCUUGCACUAGAGACAAGGUGAUGGGAUGCUUUUUGUGUCUUAGCUUUGCUUUAUGUUACCCGUCAUAUUCUUCUGUUUGGCCUGUAGAUCAUGUGUUUGAAAGAAUUCUCCACUCUUCCUCUCCGGAGCUGGCUGAGUCGAGGCAGAUUCUACGCAACAUCGUCUGUCGACGCCUCUAUAAAUGUCUGGGCCAAACUCAGGCCGAACAACCCUUGAUUGUCACCCCGGAGAAAAUUCGCAAAUGGGAAGAAGAUCUGGCUGAAUCUCUCCUUCAGAGCGGCUCUAAGGAUGGCAGUCUGCAGCCGGAGGACUUUGUAGUUAGUGUCAUCUAUAUGGACUAUGGCAUGAAGGAUAAGAACCCCAUCAACAAUGUGCGUUUUUAUUGCAAGGAUGACUCGUCCAAAGCCAUCCAGAUCCGCAAGAACCAGGUGUCUAAACUUCUCCCAGAGCAGUUUGCUGAGCAGCUCAUCAGGGUUUACUGCAAGAAGACCGACGACAGGAGUCUGGAGGCUGCCAAGAAACACUUUGUCCAGUGGUGCAUCAACAUGAACCUCUCAAAGCCUCAGGUACUAUUUAAUCGGACGUGAUAAUAAUUUGUAUUU